AUGGAGAACAACACGAAAGUGACAGAAUUUAUCCUCUUGGGCCUCUCCCAGAAUCCCAAAAUCCAGACCCUGCUCUUCAUCCUUUUUCUCUUCAUCUAUAGCACAACAUGGCUUGGAAAUCUUGCCAUUAUAAUCACUGUGAUAACUACACCCAACCUCCACACACCCAUGUACUUCCUCCUAGUCAAUUUAGCUGUCAUAGACAUAAGUGAAUCAUCAGUCACAUCUCUCAAAAUGCUAUUGGAUCUCUUCUCCAACACUCAUACCAUCACAUAUAACUGGUGCAUCACACAGAUCUUCUUCUUCCAUUUAACAGGAGGUGCAGUGGUAUUCUUACUUGUUGCUAUGGCUGUUGACAGGUUUGUAGCUAUCUACAAACCACUGCAAUAUUUAAUAAUCAUGAACAGAGGUGUUUGCAUAGGUCUGGUGGCAGGAGCGUGGUUGGGUGGCUUUGCUCACUCCUUUAUCCAGAUUGGAAUUCUUAUUCAACUGCCAUUCUGUGACACAAACAUUUUGGAUAACUUCUACUGUGACAUCCCUCAGCUCAUCAAACUGGCAUGUACUGGCACCUACAUCACAGAACUGCUGAUGGUUUGCAAUAGUGGGCUACUGCUGACUUUAAUCUUCUUUUCCUUACUUGUGUCAUACACAGUCAUCUUGGUGAAGAUUAGAACACAUGUUACACAAGGGAAACACAAAGCUCUUUCUACCUGUGCUGCACAGAUCAUGGUUAUGAGCUUGAAUUUUGUUCCAGGUAUGCUUGUUUAUGACCGUCCUUUCAAAGUGUUCGCAGGAGAAAAGAUUGCUUCGGUCCUCUACGCCCUUCUGACACCAAUGCUGAACUCAGUGAUUUUCACUUUGCGUAACGCAGAGAUGAAAAACACAGUUUGCAAACUUAUGAGAAAACUGUUGCUUUCUAAAAGGAUAGGAUGA